AUGGAUGACCUGUCAUCAAAAGCGUUCAUAGACGCCUUCACGCGUUUUAUAAGUCGACGCGGUUUGUGUCGUGACAACGCUACAACUUUCGUCGGAGCCAAUCGGAUGAUGAAGGAAGACCUAGCCGCUUGGCACAGUGAACAGAAUCAACAAUAUCUCGCCAACAUUGGGACGAGUUGGCACUUUAUAACCCCAAGUGCCCCCCAUCAUGGUGGAUUGUGGGAGGCUGCCGUGAAGUCCGCAAAACGACAUUUGGUUCGUGUCAUUGGUAAUCAGGCGAUGUGGCAUUCGCAGUUACAAACACUAGCGACACGAAUUGAAGCUUGUUUGGAUUCGCGUCCGCUUAUACCGCUGACUGAUGACCUUGAAGACAAAUAUGCGCUGACACCUGGGGACUUCCUCAUUGGCGCCCCACUUAUCGCAGUGCCAGAACCGACCGUGGCGGAAAUUCCAUCUAACCAACUAAAGCACUGGCAGUGGUUAGGACGAAUCCAUCAACAGUUUUGGCAUCGGUGA